AUUUUAAGAGAGUCAAUGUCAUCUUAAUCACAGGGUAGUUGAAUUGAUUGAGGUGGAAAGUCAUCUUAAUCAUAAGAAUGAUGAGAUUAAUUGGGCGAAGAAUCUCUCAAAUGAUAUGUCUGAAAUACAAAAAUCCUAUAUAUUUUUUCGAUAGAGCUCGUUUUCCUGGGCUUUACCUAGUCAACAUCAUCCAUUAAGGACUAUGGUCCCAUUUUUUCCAUAGUAAAACUUGUAAGCCAUAAAAAUCAUGAAGAAAUAAUACUUCCACAUUUCAUCUUUUCCUUCUUCUUCAUUUCUCAGUCCACAGUUCCCCACUAAAAUCUCCUCAAACCCCCCAUCAAAACGACGCCGUUCAAAUGCUCCGUUCCCUCACUUCCAAACGAUCUCUUCAAUCUCUUCUCCACCGCCAUCGCGGCCGUCAUAAUCCCCAAUUCCCAAUCUUCAAUCCCCGUCCGUUUUCAUCAUCGCCGGGACCGCCGUCUUCCGACGCCGAGCUCCGUAAAUACAUCGGCUACACACUUCUCCUCUUAGGUUCUGGUGCCGCCACAUAUUAUUCCUUCCCAUUCUCGGAAAACGCGAGGGACAAAAAAGCUCAGCUAUUUCGCUACGCUCCGUUACCCGAUGAUCUACACACGGUGUCUAAUUGGAGUGGUACCCACGAGGUUCGGACUCGGACUUUUUUGCAACCCGAGUCAAUUGAAGAGCUUGAAGGGAUAGUGAAGGAAGCGAAUGUAAAGAAGCAUAAGAUCCGGCCAGUCGGGUCGGGUUUAUCGCCGAAUGGGAUUGGGUUAACUCGAGCUGGGAUGGUGAGUUUGGCGUUAAUGGAUAAGAUUUUGAGUGUGGAUAAGGAGAAAAAAAGGGUUACUGUUCAAGCUGGGAUUCGGGUUCAGCAGCUUGUGGAUGAGAUUAAGGAGUAUGGGAUUACGCUUCAGAACUUUGCUUCUAUAAGAGAACAGCAGAUUGGUGGCAUUGUUCAGGUUGGUGCCCAUGGCACUGGUGCCAGGUUGCCUCCAAUUGAUGAGCAAGUCAUAAGCAUGAAAUUGGUUACCCCCGCCAAGGGCACCAUAGAAAUUUCAAAAGAGAAAGAUCCAGAGCUCUUUUAUAUAGCUCGAUGUGGACUUGGGGGACUUGGUGUGGUUGCAGAAGUCACUCUUCAGUGUGUUGAGAGGCAGGAGCUUGUAGAACAUACUUUCCUGUCUAACAUGAAAGAUAUCAAGAAAAAUCACAAGAAAUUCCUAUCUCAGAACAAGCAUGUCAAAUACUUGUACAUUCCAUAUACUGAUGCAGUUGUGGUUGUGACAUGCAAUCCUAUAUCUAAGUGGCAAGGUCCACCAAAGAAUAAACCUAAAUAUACUACAGAAGAAGCCUUGCAGCAUGUACGAGAUCUCUAUCAGGAGUCGUUGACUAAGUACAGAGGUCAAGUUGCUGAUUCCGGUUCUCCAGAUGAACCUGAAAUAGAUGAACUAUCAUUCACUGAACUGAGAGAUAAAUUACUUGCGAUGGAUCCUCUCAACAAGGAGCAUGUAAUUAAAGUCAAUAAAGCUGAGGCAGAAUACUGGAGGAAAUCCGAAGGAUAUCGAGUUGGCUGGAGUGAUGAAAUUUUAGGGUUCGACUGUGGUGGCCACCAGUGGGUAUCAGAGACAUGUUUCCCUGCAGGAACACUGUCAAAGCCUAGCAUGAAAGACCUGGAUUACAUAGAGGAGUUGAUGCAGCUCAUUGAGAAAGAAAGUGUACCUGCCCCUGCACCUAUAGAGCAGAGAUGGACUGCUUGCAGCAAAAGUCGAAUGAGUCCAGCUUAUAGCUCAGCGGAUGAUGAUAUAUUCUCAUGGGUUGGAAUUAUUAUGUAUCUUCCAACCAUGGAUGCUCGGCAGAGAAGACAAAUCACUGAGGAGUUCUUCCACUAUAGACAUAUGACACAAGCACAGUUGUGGGAUCAUUUUUCUGCUUUUGAACAUUGGGCAAAGAUUGAGGUUCCAAAGGACAAGGAAGAGCUUGCAGCUCUGCAGGCAAGGCUAAAGAAGAAAUUCCCUGUGGAUGCAUACAAUCAAGCGCGAAAGGAGCUGGACCCUAACCGCAUCCUAUCUAAUAACAUGCUUGAGAAGCUCUUCCCUUCCGCUGAGGCCGUGUAACUGGUUGUCCAGUAUUCUUGGUUGGUUGACGUCUCCUUCUUAUCAGUUCAUUUUAACGAUAGUGAUCUUCAUCUUCACUUCUGUUCCAAAGCAGAUAUUUUGCAAAGAAAUUUUUGUCCUGUAAAUUGUUGUUCAGAAUGUCAAGUUGAAGGAAUUGUUAUAAUAAUGCUUAUCAUGCACUGUAUAUGCUUUGAGGCCAGUGUUAAAGUACUGAUCAAAGAAUUGUUACUCAAUAAAACACUUGUUAUACAUUUAUCGGUUUUAUUA